CACGUCACCAAAGCGCCAUGAACUCGUUCGCGCGGCGCGGCGUGGAGUCGAGUCCGUUCGUGCGAAUGCUGAAGCGGAGCGGACGCACGCGGCAGCGCACCCUCGUCGCAGCGGUGCUGGGCACCUUCUUCUGCUUUGCCGCCUUUUUCCAUCACUACGAGCAGAUCAACGACGACUCGACCGUCUUCACGUGGUUCGGCAUGCGAUCGGACGGGCGGUGCGGCCGCGACUUUGGCAUGGAGCACGUCAAGGAGAUCACCUGCGGCAAGGGCGCCUGCUGCUCCUCCCACGGCUGGUGCGGCCACGGAGAGGAGUACUGCUCGGUCGCGCUCGGCUGCCAGAACGGCUGCUGGCCGGCAGACCCGAAUGCACGGCCGGAGACGCCCGAUGACGAGCCGGACGACCGCUACCGCCACCACAUGAUGGACGACGACGGCGGCCACUACCGCGACCGCGAUAGGUACGAUGACUACCGACACGGCGACUACCACCACGACGACUAUCACCACAGGUACGACGACAUGCACCCCGACCACGACGAGCCCGACCACGAGACGAUGCUCGCACGGUUGCUCGGCCGUUGGUUCGACAGUGCGCUCGUCAUUCUCGGCCGCCACCCGCCUCUGGCCCGCCGCCUGCUCGGCGCCCUCGUUGCUUACCUGCGCCUAACGCCAAUUCGACUUGGCCAGCGCUCGCUGCUCGCCUUCUGCACGCGCUCGCUCCUUCCUACACUCCCGCCCUUUGACGACGCGGUCGUACCGCUCCGGGCGUGCGAAGCCGUCCGGCUCCGCUGCUUCCAGCUCGGCGGCUCGCACAAGGCAGACAUUCUGUCUGAGUGGCUGCUGCUGACGGGAGUGUGGCAGCCCGCCCUCACGAGCUACCUGCUGCGCGCGCUCUCGCCGGGCGACACGCUCAUCGACGUGGGCGCCAACACGGGCUACUUUGCGCUGCUGGGCGCCGCGAGGGUCGGUAGUCGUGGCAGCGUCGUCGCCGUCGAGGCCUGCCCGCGCACGCAUGAGCGGCUGGUGGCGAACGUGGCACUCAACCCCGGGCUCACGGUCGAGGCGGUGCAGGCGGCCGCCGCGGACGCCGAGGGCGAGCUCACGCUCUACCAGCACAAGCGCGAGCCGCUGUACAACACGACGGUGGCCGGCGCGGGGGCAGGCGGCGUGGCGGCGGGCACCGAUGUGUGGGCGCUGCUGCAGGGGAGCGGCGCGCUCGGCGCGCUCGGCGGAGCGGGCGCGAGCGGCGCCAUGGGCGAGGUGCGCGCCGCGCCGCUCGACGCGCUGCUCAGCGAGGAGCAGGUGCGCACUGCGCGGCUGCUCAAGGUGGACGUCGAGGGCGGGGAGUGGGCGGUGCUGCGCGGCGCGGCUGCGCUGCUGCGCGACGCACCGCCCACGCUCGAGGUGGUGGUCGAGGUGACGCCGCGGUGGCUCGCGCUGCAGGGGAGCAGCGUUCCCCAGCUGCUGCGCCACAUGCGAGCCCUCGGCUUCUGGCCCUACCUCCUGGCGCACGACGACUACGAGAUCCGAAGAGCGCUGCCGCCGCCGCCGCCGCCUCCGCCGCCCCGCCGGCUGCGCUCCGACGAGCUGCCCGCCGGCUGCGACCAGGCUGACCUCGUCUUCAGCCGCAGGGACGUCGAGGCUUUGGUCUGACAUUAGAGAGAGAUGGAUUGCGCUGUGGAGGACAUACAGUCGAGUCCGCCCCGAGCAAAAGAGCAGUUGCCGGGCCGGGGCUACAACUCCCGGGUCUGGCCGGCGCAAGCGCGCAACAGUGGAACGUAGUUUCUGGAGUACGUGGGUCCGUUAUACUCGUAGUCGUACAUGCAGGUUAUAUUCC